AUGAACUACCUUAAUGAAGCCUUUUCCUUUUAUUCGGCCAUUCGCCAACGAUCAUAUUACCACCAAGUCAACAAAGAAGACAGGCCAGAGCUGGUUGUAAAAAAGCUGAGGUAUUAUGCUCGCUUUAUCGUUGUUUGUCUGUUGCUCAACAAGAUGGACCUGGUUAAAGUGUUGGUCAAGGAGCUGUCUGAAGAGAUUGAGGACUACACCCAACGCUUUAACACAGAGGACCAGUUAGAGUGGAACCUGGUUCUGCAGGAAGUUGCUGCUUUUGUGGAGGCAGAUCCUCUUAUAAUCCUAAAUGAUGACAACUCUGGGGUGGUCAUAUCCAAUCGGUUGCAGGAGGGAGGCGUGCCCCCUCUUGAACAGGGCAUGGUGGUUGGCCAGCUCACCUUGGCAGAUGCGCUCAUCGUUGGCAACUGUAACAAUCAGGUGAAGUUUAGCGAGCUGACCAUCGAUAUGUUUCGUAUGCUUCAAGCGCUUGAGAGGGAACCGGUGAACCUGGCUACACAAAGCUCCAAGCCAGGGACACUUGAGCCCAAUGAAAAGCCGGCCAAGAGAGAGAACCCUCAUAAAUAUCUCCUCUACAAACCAACCUUCAGCCAGCUCUACACUUUCCUGUCUGCCUCCUUCAAGGAACUGCCAGCCAAUAGUGUCCUGCUGGUGUAUCUCUCUGCCACUGGAGUGUUUCCUGCUGGACGCUCAGAGUGUGAAGGACCUUAUGAUUUUGGAGGUGUCCUGACCAAUACUAAUCGAGAUGUGAUAAAUGGUGAGAUGGUGCAGAAGAGAAACCAGGCACAAAAAGAGAUGCACUGUCUCCACCCAGGAGACCUUUUCCCCUUCACCAGGAAACCUCUGUUUAUCAUUGUCGACUCAUCCAACAGCACAGCUUAUAAGAAUUUCUCCAAUCUGUUUGGCCAACCACUUGUUUGCCUGCUUUCUCCAACAGUGUAUCCGAAGAGCAUGCAAGACCCGUGUCAGCGUGGGAGUCUGUUUACUCUUUUCCUUUACAACCCCCUCAUGGGCUUCCUGUCUGUGUGUGGACUGAGCAGCAUGCGCUAUGGAUUGUGGGAAAAGGCCCAGGAACUCCUACGGAAGGUUUUCCAUGACAUUGGCCAGAUGAUCACGAGUUCCCGAGUUAUAGAUCAGGCCUAUCUGCAAUUUUAUGGCGAUGAAUUUUUGCGUCUGCUCAUGAUCCGAUUUGUGUUCUGCUGCACCACACUCCGAUUACACAAGCUUUUCCGGGAAGCGGGGAGUUUUCCAGAAUCGUACCCCCCGCUGCCCAAACAGGAGAUAGUGGAGAGCAGCCUUCUACAGAAACAUGUGCUGGAGCUGGCGGCCAUGUUGGACGUGCAAAACCUCUUCUCUGAUGGCAUGUUGGAUAACUAUUGACCAAAUGGUGGCACCAUGCCAACCUGCAGAUACACGCACACACACGCUCAUGCCCAUACACACACAAACACAAGUUGUAGGUAGGUUCUUCUGAACAAGCUAGUUGUUUAGCCUAAUCUCAUUAGAUCUAGAUACGGUAGUUUAAUAACUAUUCAAGACAAAAUAUCCCAUCUUUGUGGGCAGAUAUUUAAAAUUUGUCGAGUUCACAUGUAUUUUUAGAUUUUAAGGAGCUACACACACCCAGACGCGAAAGAGUUGCUCCCAACAUACAGGAAAAUGUACUACAUGCAUGUAUCGUAUGAGUGUAUGAGCGCAGGCACAUGGGCGUUCAGACCUGUUGAGGGCAGCUAUUGCGUUUCUGAAGGUGAUAAGAGAGCACAAGAAGAAAGGAGACUUGGAAACAUUUUUUAUGUGAAUCGGUGUAAUUCCAGGGAGAUUCUUCCAAAAAGAUGAGCCUACGGCUUUGGCAAAACACAUUUUGGAGAAGGAAGUUUGUUUUCCUUCUCAACACUUUGCCUCUGCAACGUUUACACAACAUUUUUCCAUAGGGAGCGUGUUGCAUGUUUGCAUUUCUUUGCUCCAUCUUGGCAUUUUUGUUUGGUUUCAUGCGUUAAAACGUGUUUGUUUUUCUAUCUUGACACAAAUUCCAGACUUUUGCCUGGUCUUUCGAAGGACGCCCUUUACACUGUGCCUCUUUUUGGUUAUUCGGUCAUCAGCUAAUUAAUUAACGCUACAUGGACACCAGAAUCUCCAUUUUUAUUGAGCGUUGAUUCUUUUUAGCAUGCUUCGGUAGUGUGGUAAGCCCAUACUUGCAUAGCUGAUGUAAUAACCUAAUGUCUUAUUCCAUGUGUGCAGUGGACACCAAUAGCCAACAAAGUUCUCUUUUAUAAUGUCACAGAGAUGUACAGGCGUACUCCUGUAUAUAAGUACAAAUUUGUGUAUAUAUCUAUAUAUAAAUAUAUGUAUAAUUCUAUAAGAAGUCAAUGUGAUGCAGAGAAGUGUGUCUGUCUGGGUUGUUCGUCAUGGCAGAUCUGUGAAAAGAUGACCCUCUGCAUGUGACAGGAGCAGUGUUCUUUUGUCUAAUCUGUGAAUGGACCAUGCCACUGUCUCAACUGCGCACCCUCCCACUGCUUCACAUGAGUGCAGUCAGCUGACAUUCCAAGGAUCAUGGCAUAAGAGCGUCCCUCUUUCACAACCCCAUCUGUCUCAAGGACAAGUGCACUGCAUCGGUCUAAUAAGAAGUGUUCAGUGUUUCACUACGUCAUGAUGAUAAUUACGAUGAAAACGGUUACAAUAAUAGCCUUGCACUUUACUUGCACUAUUUAAGUUUGAUUCCGAUGUUAUUUAUUGUGCUGUAGGCAAGAGGCAUGUCUGAUCAUUCCGUUAUGUCACGCUUGGCAAAUAGCUUAUCAUUUUCUCCGUCUGUGAUCUAAGAAAACGCCACACAUGGUGACUGAUUUUUCAACGUUUACGACUUUCCCCCCCGAACUGCAGGGUUGAUCAUGGCCAUUCGAAUGGGACCAAAAGAUUCUUGCAUGUGUAGAGAACAAUGUCCCAUACGAUUCUAGUACCCUGUCAUCUCUCUGUCUCUAUUUUAUAUUUUUGCACGUAGCUGCUUCCACUCGCAUCUUUUUUUUUUUU